AUGGAUCAGUUUAUAGCUUAGUUGAGUGAUAAGUAAAAAGCAUUAGACAUAGUGAAGGCAGUGGAAAAUAAGUAACUAAAUGGUGUCUAUUAUAGCUAAGACGUGACUGAUUUUUUUGAGGCAAUGAAGAAAAUCAUGAAAGAGAAGCAUCCUCCCAAAGAGUGCUUAUAUGGGUUGAAAAUAGUAAAGGAUUGCAUUGAGAAAUUCAAUACUGAUUUUAGGAAUAAGGUCAAAAGUGAAUUGUUGGAACUUAUAUACGAAGUGGCCACGUUCAGGAUUAAGGACACAGAUGAUUCGAGAGGGACUACAUAUUUCAAAAACCCAGAGCACGAAAAACAGAUCGAAUAGUAUGGAGCAAGUUAUAUACGAUUGGCAUUGGAUUGCAUUAGAGUGUGGGCCCUAUGGUUCCCUGACUUCAAAGGGUAUGGAUAGAGAUUGGAGAAAGAACAAGGAUAUCUACCAAAAAUAAACUAUUUCAAGUAGGAAUUGAUUAAUGAACACAUCAACAAGAACCAGGUCUCAUCAACUCCACAUGAUGAUACUGGUUCGAUUCAAAAUAAGAUCAGACAAUUGAAUUAGUAAUUGAUUAAUUACUUGCAAUCUCACACUGAAGUAAAUUCCUUCCUCAAGGAUGAAUUGGAGAAGAUAAACGUUUAGAUUGAAGACUUAGUGGUUUAGGAAGUCUAGGAUUAAUUUUUAGAUGAAUUUGUAUUAACAUAUCCAGAAUUUUAAAGCGGAAAAAUUUCUUAUUAAGAAUUUAGAAUGCAAUUUUUAUCAAGUUCUUAAUUGAAGAAGGGAUCAUAAAAUAUAUUAGAUGAAUCCAAUAUGUCUUAAUCAAUCAAUUAAGCAUCUAAAGUCUAGAAACCAUUAUAAUAAUAAUAGCAAUACUAAAGUUCCUAUGACUAAAGUUAUGUUUUGAAAAAUGAACAAUAAAAUGAAAUCGAAUCUCUCAGGAAUCAAUUACAGGCAGCAUAGCAAGAAUGUCAAAGAUAUAGUCAAACUAUUUAAUAAAAUGAUAAAAGGACAUAAGAAUUACAACAAGAAUUAUAGAAUUGUAGAGUAUAAAUUGAGAAUCUCAAAAAUUAAAGGAAAGAAGAAUAAUAAAGUCAUGAUAAUACUAUAUUGAAGGAAUAUUAACAAUAGAUUGAUCAUUAUAAGAAUUUAUAUGAAUUAUAAUUGAAAUAAUAAAAUUACGAAUAAUAAUAACCAUAAUACUAAUAGUAAGCUCAGCAAUAAUCAUAAAUUAUUUCGUAGUAAUAAUACGAUUAAUAAAAUCAACAAAUUCAAAAUUAUUAGGAAGAAAUAGAAAACCUUAGAGUUUCUUACAAUAUUGUAAAUGAAAAACUAAAGAUUCAUGAAUAAAAAGGAAAUGCUACUUUUAGUGAAUAUGAUUUUAUGAAUUUGAAGAAGAAAUAUGAUGAAUUAGAUAGCAAAUACUUCAUAUUGAAACAAGAAAACCACAGAUUGAAGUAGACAAAUUAAGAGUAUGGAAAUUAAUAAGCUAAUUAAAGUAGAAUUAGUGAAAGCUUUGCUAGAGAAAUAGAUUAGAAAGAUGAGAAUUCCAAUGUUGUAUUCUUUAAUUUCAAAGAAAAUGACUUAUGGUAGGGAACAUAGAAUGCAAAUUAAAGUCAAUCUUUAGUGAAUUCAAGGAUGAGGGACGUUUCAGAAUUAAUCUACCCUCACAAGACUGCAGCUGAGUAUUAUAGGUAAAAUGGAAAGAAGCAAUUUAAAGGGACUCUGAUUAAUAGAAGUGCCUUACAAUUAUAAUUGAAUCCAGCCAAUCUCCUUAAUUAUAAAAAGGCCAGUUUAAAUCAAUUAGCCACAUUAUUUUAAUCUAAUAAAAUUGAAAUUAAAUCAAGAUAGUAAUUAACUUAUGGGCUGAAUAAACAAGAAUUCAUAUCUACAACAAUCAGCAUAAAAAAUAAGGAAUUAAAGUCUAUUCAACUUCAGAUUUUUAACACCAAUAAAAACAUUUGGUGCAACAAAGAGACUAAAAGCACUCUGUUGUAAUCACAGUAGACCAUCCUAUAUGAGUUUAUUCGAGAGGCAAACGUUAAGCUUCAUGAAUUGAGCUUAAUUAAAGUAUCUGUGAGUUUUGAGAAUUUCAUCCUUUAUCUUCCAAGUUUCUUAAGAAAUUGCAUACAAUAUUAUCAUAUUGAAGCUAGUACUUACAAAACAAUGAAGAAAUAGUUUUAGGGUUCUAUUUAUGCAACUCCAUUGCUACCCAUAUCUUGCAAGACAGAGUUAAAACAAUUGAGUGAGUAAGGGCAACUGUUGAAUUAAUGGGAAUAGGAGAAUGAAGAUUUAAUAACUGAAAGUAAGUAUGCCUUCAAAGCUGUGUUAUCCAAUCAAUUAGAAUUUUAUUUAGAAUUGAUUAUGACACCUUGUGAUGAGUUUUUAUUCAGGGGAUUCACCAGUUUCGAUGAAGAAACGUUGCAGUUCGUUUUAAAUGGACUAUCAAAUUUAUACAGUUGA